UCCCUGUCGACUUUUGCCCUUUUCAAUAUGGCGGAUGCGUUGACGUGUCGCAACAACUAGCAGCAAAAUCAGAUGCUAAAUCAGAUUUUAACGUACAUAUUAUAUGUUUUCACGAGUUUUUAAGUGCAUGUAGAGGGUAUUUAAAUCUCUGUAACAUUUAUCUGAACACACGACCAUUAAUUACUAGCAUCUCUGUGAUGCACCCGUGAUACCCAUGAUGCACCGGUGCUCUGAUAUUCCACGCCGAGUUGAAGGAACAUCAGCAGAACAUUAGCACGUUAGCUUAGCUACAGAUUUGACACGAGACCAGAAGUUCUGCCUUUAGGUUGUUUAGAAUGGAGUCAACGAUGAAGAAGGAAGCCGAGAAUGUUUGUGUGCUCUGCUGCCAAGAUAUUGAUAUUUUCGCCGUUGGGAAAUGUGACCACCCGGUGUGUUACCGGUGCUCCACCAAGAUGCGGGUGUUGUGCGAGCAGAAAUACUGCGCCGUCUGUCGUGUGGAGCUGGACAAGGUUAUAUUUGUUAGAAAACUUCAACCCUUCCCUGCUGUCACUCCGCAUGAAUACCAGUCUGAGAGGAAAUACGACAUCUACUUUGCUGAUGGAAAAAUCUUUGCACAGUUCAGGAAGAUUUUGCUUUCCGAAUGUCCGCAAUGUCCUGAAGCCAAAGUGUUCUCCAAAUUUGAGGAGCUGGAGCAUCAUAUGCGGAAGCAGCAUGAGCUCUUUUGCUGCAAAUUAUGUGCUAAGCACUUGAAGAUAUUCCCUUAUGAGAGGAAGUGGUACAACCGCAAAGAACUGGCUCGACAUCGGACGCAAGGGGACCCGGACGACACGUCUCAUCGUGGCCAUCCGCUCUGUAAAUUUUGCGAUGACCGAUAUCUGGAUAAUGACGAACUGCUUAAACACUUAAGGCGUGACCACUACUUUUGCCAUUUUUGUGAUGCAGAUGGAGCACAAGAAUACUAUUGUGAUUACCGUGAUCUCAGCGAUCACUUCAGAGAAAGACAUUUUCUGUGCGAGGAAGGUCGCUGCAGUACAGAGCAGUUCACACAUGCCUUCCGGACAGAGAUCGACUACAAAGCCCAUAAAGCUGCUGCUCACAGUAAGAACCGGGCUGAGGCCCGCCAAAACCGGCAGAUUGACAUACAGUUCAACUACGCCCUACGCCAGCAGAGAAGGAACGAUGGUCUAGUGAGUGCUGAUGAUUAUGAGGAAGUCGAUCGGUUCAACAGACAAGGGCGCUCUGGAAGAGGAAGACCCCAGGGGGUUCACCAGAAUGUAAGAAGCUGGAGGUACAAUAGAGAGGAAGAGGACAAGGACCUGGCUGCUGCUAUUCAGGCCUCACAGGCUGCACGCCGACAGGCAGAGAGAGGACAAGUUCACGAGAGAGUCCAAAAACCACGCAAAGAGGAGCCGGUGGAGAGCGAUGAGUUAAGAGCCAAUCGGGGUGCAGUCAAACCUCCUAUUGACAUGCAAGGUCGCUUGAUGAAGAACAAUGUCCCAAUGAAGGUUGAAGACUUCCCAGUAUUAAGAGCUGGAGCAUCACCACCGCCUAUUCAGAACAUGGUGAAACCCACUCCUGUCUCAUUGAAAGAAGAUGAUUUCCCUAGCCUGGUGCAUUCUGGCACAAUGGGUUCAGCCCCAAUGACCCCAGCAUAUGUGCCACAAGCUAGAAAACCUUCUUCUUUCCAAGAGGAGGACUUCCCUGCACUUGUCUCAAAGAUCAAACCUCAUAAGCCUCAGGAGAAUACAACAUCCGCUUGGUCGCAAGUAGGAAGUAAAGCUGGUGUACUCCAUAAUAAUAAGCCUGUGGUUCUGCCGACGAAGAUGCACUCGCACUCCGCCAAUGUGUUUUCUUCUAGUGACCCACCACCCUCCUCCGCUAUUCCUCAGACUCAUGCAUCUCGGCGCAAGAAGAAGCUUACCUCUUCACAGAGCACCAAAACCACAUCCAAAUUCAGAUCUCCGGUCUCAUCAGAUGACGAGGACCCUAAAGCAGGCAAAAUGGUUCAGGAGAUUUGUGCCAUCCCUACCAUGUUAGACAUCUCCUCUCUGCUUACGGUGAAGACUGGAUCAUCACAGCCCAGUAACAAAAAUAGCAAGAAGAAGAAACAGCCUUCAGACGCACCUUUUGGGACGUCUACAAAUAACAUGGAAUCGGUUAUCACCGUGGCUCACAAAGAAAAUGUACCCGAGGCCAAACCACCAGACCACCUUCCUAAAGGCACUGUGGUCCCCAAAUCAAAUAUGUUCAUAAAUGGAUUCAGGGAGAAAUCUAAGGAAACUAAGGACCCCAUCAUUCCCGAAGAGCCUCCUGCCCCUAAAAAGCAGCCUCUCUCUGAACCACCUGCUGUACCUGCAGAAGAGGAUUUCCCUGCUCUUAUUACUAAGAAACCUCCACCUGGAUUUAAAAACACAUUUUCCGUGAAGAACGUUCAGACAGUGCUGCCUCCUCCUCCUCCUCCUGGCCUUGGGCCUGUGAUCAGCAAGCCUCCUCCAGGGUUCACUGGUGUCCUGCUCAACAAUAACAUAGCAGAACGCUCAGUGCCAGUGACUAACAGACCAGCUUCCUCACACGGAACAUACCACAUGCCUGAAAACUUCAAGCAGAGGAACAUGGAGCUUAUUCAGUCAAUACAGAACUUCCUUCAGAAUGAUGAAUCCAAGUUCACUGAAUUUAAAAAUUAUUCAGGCCAGUUCAGACAGGGUUUAAUUUCUGCUGCUCAGUACCACAAAAGCUGCCACGAGCUGCUGGGGGAAAACUUCAGCAGGGUCUUCAACGAGUUACUGGUUCUUCUUCCAGACACACAAAAACAACAGGAGCUUCUCACUGCCCAUACAGACUUUAAAGCCAUGGAGAAACAGCAGCUAGGCUUAAAAGGCAAGAAAAACAAAAAGAAAGCCUGGCAAACAUGUACCUCUAACAACAGUCUAGACUUGGACUGCGAAGUGUGUUAUAUCUGCAAGCAGGUACUGGCUCCAAAAGACUCCAGUGCUCAUAAGACCCUGCAUAUCGGAGAAGACGACUUUCCUUCUCUCCAGGCCAUAAGCAAGAUUAUCAGUUAACUGCCAAAAAACAGGGGCACGGCUCCGACAGACGGAAAGAUGUGUGUUUUUUUCCAGGGUCAGAGAUGUUUAAUACAAUAAGGGAUCACCAGGAGAAACGGAGUGCAGCUGGAGUGUGUGUAUAGAGCAUUGGUGCCCGACUCCAGUAUUGGAGUUUGGUGAUCUUCCUGGUUUCCAAGCUGCCUAAUUUUGCACGCUUGUUACUCACCAGGUUUAAUUAUGCCACACCAGGACUGCAGUCGGACACCCUUAGACUACAUACUUGAUAAGAUUGAAAUGAGAGCUUGAUUGAAAUGGGAACAUUUAAAUUAAAUUAGACAUCUGCUUCAGGAGUAUUCAUUAUUAUUGUAUAAUACAUUUUCUUAAUCCCACAUCUGUGGAUUUAUGGGUGACAUUUUCAUCAGGAUUGUACACAUGCUUUACGCAUGCCAAUUUUCUAAUUCUAGACGCUGCAUUCGAUGAUCUCCCCCAACAUUUAAUUACGGAGUUCUAUUCAUUAGUGAGCAUCAUUGCUCACCUUUUUCCCCCCAAGUCAAUAUUUCUGGAUGGAGGAAAAUUCUGAGUAAAAAGUGUGCAAGUGCCUAACAGAUGCCUCGUCUCUGAAAAAGGACCUGUAUGAAGUGAUUGUUGAAAUCAAAUGAACUUGCACCGUUUCACUUCCUGUCACGCUACAGUCACUGUGACACCUCAGCACUUGUUCUGUGCUUUUUUUUUUUUUUUAAGCUUUCAUCCUUAUUUAUUUAGGACUUAUUAUUAUUUAAAUGGAUUAUUUUAACAAAGCGUUUAGGAUCGCAAAAAGGUAUGACCACAAAUUUCUAUUUUUCGUAACCUCUUUUUGUAUUAAAACAUCAGUCAGAAUUUCAAUUAGUCUCCAUGCAAUAAUCCAGUUAAUGCAGAUUAAGGCACUGACAUCUGGAGUUAAAUGUAAGAACAAAUGCACAUUUCUUAUUUUGACGGCAGGGUAAAAAAAAUGUUUUUUUUUUUUUUUGUUUUUUUUUACUCACCCAGUUUCUGCACUGUUCCUGCUUUUGUAUAACUCUGUUCAUAACUGCAAAUACACCGGGAGGUGAAUAUGCUUUCCUGUUAACAUCUUUUUGAUACAAAUCAAUGACAGAAUGUUGUUACUUUAUGAUCUAGUUCUGUUUUACACAGCAAUGGGGGGAG